CCCUUGUCAAAACCUAAUCAAUAAACAACAGCAGCUGAUUCAGCGGGUUCUUUUUCGCCUCUUAUUUCCUGCAUAAUAUAUUUAUAAUGCGAUGCUGUCGAACAACAUGCAGCACCAAUACUGGGUGACCAAAAAGAGCGUCCUAAGAAAACUGGGAGGAAAAGAGGAUGAGUGCAUCGUUUCCUCUGACGCUGAGCUGGACGCGAAGCUGGAACUGUUCAAGUCGGUUAACGAGAGCUGCAUGCAGCUACAGAGGGUGAUCGACUUGUAUCAGGAGCGAUUGUGCUAUUUGGCACAAGAGGAAAACGCUUUGGGAAGAUAUUUAAAAGAAUGCGGAAAAAACGAGAAAAACGUGAACGCGGGCCAGUUAAUGUCCACGGCGGGCAAAGCGUUGGCCUACACGGGCCACCAGAGGCUCACGGUGAGGCCCCCGUUGGUCAGGCUGCACCACGAAGUGGAAACUUUUAGGGCCAGAGCCAUCUCGGACACCAGAACGACCGUCUCGGAAAUGGAGAAAUCCAGGACGGAGUACAGGGCGGCCCUCAGCUGGAUGAAGUCGGCUUCUAACGCCCUAGAUCCGGAUACCGGGUACGGCCUGGAGAAGUUCCGAAAGGCCCAGGCCUACGUGAAAACCAGCAAGACCAAAUUCGACCGGUACACCCUGGCCUGUUUGCAAAAGGUCGAUCUAUUGGCUGCCGCAAGGUGCAACAUGUUUUCGCACGCCUUGGUUCCUUACCAGAACGCUUUGGCCCUGUUUGCCACCAAAGCCCUGGAAACUUUGACUCUGGCGGCAGGGAAACUCUCCAAAGUGGAACCCUACGACUUCAGUGUGGUCACUGAGCUGUCCGAGACCUCCCCACAAAAGCCCAGAGAGAACGUGGACGCCGACAAUAAGGACAGAAACACGUUUUUCAAUGCCGAAUACAGUGACGAGACAAAGCAAGAAAGUUUGGAAGAGGAGGAGGAGGAGGCACCCAGUAGUUCGGUUUCCAACCUGUUGGGGGAAGACUUUGCGUUGCCUCCGUUGCCCUCCCAGGCCUCGCCGGACCUCUCGAAACCGAGCGCGGCCCUCUUGGACCUCGCGCCCUCCCUGUCCGACCUCCUGGGGGAUGAAAACUCGGCCUUCAUGCCCUCCAGUCUGAUGCAGGAGGGCGCCACCUUCGAUUUCCAGAAAAAACCCGAAGAGGAACCGGAGCAGAAACGUCUCCCCAAUAAUAAAACGGGGGAGGGUCACCACGCCAUGUCCUGGCUCAGUUUGUUCGCGGAACUGGACCCGUUGGCCAACGGGGUGAUGGAGGAUAACGUUAACGGAGAUCGGGCGUAAUUUAUUUAUUUAUUUACAUGUAUAUGCACUUAUUUGUGUGUUUUUGCACUAACUAGUCACUGUAUCCAAAGAAUUUUGUAUUAUGGGACAUUCCUUACUAGUAUUAUUUUUAAUUAUACGUAUAUUGGACGGCAAAAA